GCUCCACCUGUGUCAUUAGGUCACUUUUGAAAUACUGUACCAGAACUUCUCAUGCGAACAUUAACAUAUUUCAUUAUUCUGCCUCAACAAUCAUGCAAGGCUAUUUCAAUAAAAGCUUUUAGUAUUAUCUUUGCCUUGAUCAGUAGUAUAAGUUUGUGAACCUCCACACUUCAAAGUCAUUCUUUUGCAAUUACCAGAAGGCUCAUUGAUAAAGAAAAUUUCCUUCUCAAAACCACUUGGAUCGAUUUUGGCUUGGCCUUCUCUGCGAUUACCAAUUACGCUAGCGAAAAAUGUCUUCUACAUAUGCGAACGAUUCAGAUCGCUUUUCUGUAAAAGUUUGGCCAGAGCCUUUACCAGAAUGGACCCACGCAAUUGAAGAAUGGAAUUGGAUGUGGUUUGCCCACAUCUAUGGCUUUGCCAGCCUUUUCACUCUCCUCACGUUAUACGCUUUCUGUUCUCUUUUCCGGUUUCGAAGAAUGGCUGGUGCGAAACAGAAGGUCCACUUGUUGUUCGUGAGCUGUGCAGUGAUCACUGCGGGACUCGGGCGGGCUCUUGUUCUUUUUUGGGAUCCUUACACUUCGAAGAAAUCUUCGUCUGCGAUUCAAAAUUUAGCUGUUUUCAUUUCUUGGGGGAUUGGAACAGCUUGUAUCACCUCAGCGUUCAGUAUAAUUCUUUUAAUCUUCUUAGAAACAACCAAAAUCACUUUGGGACCACCGAAGCUUCAAAACCUGCCCCUCUUGGUUUCGAUCACGCUUGCGAACAUCGUUUACGUGUCCGUGUCUGAUGUUGUGGUUUGGUUUUAUUCAAAAGCUAAAGUCAUGAUUUUUAUCUGCCACAUUACUUUCGUCAUCUGGGGUCUCGCUCUUUCUGUUGGUUAUUUUAUUGCGGGCUUUCGGAUGUGGCAAAAUUUAAAUUCGACAUUGCAAGCUCGGAACUUCACCGAUCGGGAUAUCGGAAAACUGAAGCGUUUGUUUUUCUUCAUGAGUGCAGCCUCUGUUUUUGGUUUGGGUAACUUCUCCAUUUCCUUGUACGUAAGCGUUGGAGAGCUUGGUGUUUUCGCAAGCGACAGGUUUGCUAAAAGUUGGCCGUGGUUUUCCAUGCAAACAAUUUUGAGAACAAUGGAAAUCAUUCUCUGCGGUUUGAUCUUUCAAAUCGCCGCCGACAACCGAAAAAACUACCAACAGGAAUCUCCCAGGCGGUCCAAUUUCACCUGCAGAGGGAACUCGAUUGAGCCGGCGACUAAGUUAAACAGCAUCGCUUAGCACAAAGUUAAAAGAAUCUCUAAGAGGAGUCAAAAUCGCACUCAAACUCCGCAAAGAUUAAUCAUUAAACUUCCACGAAAAAGUUGUGCUUUUGAAGUUUGAAAAAACCUCACUUGAUUUUCGAUUACUAGAUGCCGGAUGUACGUGUACGUGGAUAAAUAUUGUGAAAGUACAGGUGCAUAAAGACGUAUAAUUUACUUACCGCACGUUUAACAAGGAUCACGUUUUUCUUGUGACGGUUUCAAAAGUUAGCAGAAUUUUUCUUCAAGCUAAAUGGUAGCUAAUAGUUGUGAACGGAAAUCCUCUUUGAAAGAUUUCCGUGUAGGAAUAGCAAGGGCCUAUCAAUUUUUUUAAAUCUAUCCCAGUCCGGAAAUUAGAUGUCUAUUGUGGGAUCUGUCAAGGGAAAAAAUAGAUCCUGGUGGGCUUCGACUGAUUGUUUCAGGAGGUUCCUGACAGAACUAAGAAAUCUAAAUGCUUGUUCAACCACAAUUACUUUUUUUAUUAUUAUCACUCAAGAGUACAGCAACAUUCACACAGGGCUUUCAAGUAAAUUUUCCUAAAAUUUGAAAUCCUUGUCUCAUUGUCCAUCAGCAAAGUGAUGAUUAAAAAAACAGACUCCUUUGAGCAGGAGAUAAUUUCAUUGAGUCCCGCUGGGGGAAGAAGAUAGUAUGUGACGCGCAAAUUGAAGCUCUGAUCAGGGUAAGUAUUUUUGAGAAAGCAGACCGUAUAUUGUUUCAAUUCUUUGGUUAUUCACAAAACUCCAACCGUGUCUCUCUUAUCUCACUGAAUUAGUAGUUUUAAUCAAAGUCACACUGUGGCGAGCCUGUGGAUAUACUGUGCGGAAGAUAAUUAGACUAUACAGUCGUUGCAGUAAAAGUCAAUGAACCUGUGAUCGCACAGAAGAAACAGAAUUUUGGCGUCAUCCCCAUGAGUCCUUUUCCAUAACGAUUCAUUUCCAAUCCCCUCAUUGCUCUUUUCUGUGCUUCGCCUAUCCACAAGUGAAUGAGGUUUGUAGUAAACAUGAUGUGAACCUGUUAUGGUGUUAAAAAGAAUUAACUCAGUUAGGUGUUAAUGAAGCAGGGUUUCUUGAGCCGAGUUACGUAAUUCCCAGAUCGGAUUUAAGAGGUGUAUGAAGCAUGCUUUCCUGUUUUAAAUAUUAAUUUUUUGUAGAUUUUAAUUUCGAGUGACAUUAAAGUUUCUUUCGGUUGGCCGUUUUAAUCCAGGAGUGAGUUUCUUUGCGCACGGACAGAAGAGAACCCACAUGAGCAGUUCAGUCCCUGAAGUGUCGAGUUCUUUUUUCUUUGUCGCACGCUCGCGAUAUCAUCCUUUAUUUCAUAUCCAUGCUAAAAAGAUAUAUUUGAUUAUUUUUACUUACACAUGUUACGCAACGCUUCAAGGCACUCUUGUGGAAGAGUAUCACGUAUGACCCUAGUGACUGUCUGGUUCACAGUAAAGACUCUGUAGCUCAGUGGCAGAGCAUAGAAGAACGGAAUACGGAGAUCGAUGUAAGGUUCAGUUAAUUCCUCAUAAAAACCUGACUCAGAUCUUAAGUUAUCCCACGCCAGACGCAAAACAUCUUUCUUCCUCUCAGUAGCGAAUUAAAAAGAAAAAAAAAAAUUCCCCCUUCAGCUAUGUUGUUUCUUUUCGUUCCGAAACGUACUAGAUCAUCGCGGAUCAUCGAUUCCUUAUAAAAGCUGAGAUACUUAAUUAUUCUGCCCAAGAUGCGAAACAGCAUUCUUCCUCUGAGUAGCGAAUCAAAAAAAAACUUUUUUUUCCAAUGCUAUUUUGUCUCUGUUCCUUCCGAAACGCACCAGUCAUUGUGGAAAUAAGACCUGUAACGAGGAGAUUGUAGGAUUCUGACGCUUGAAGAAAUAGGAAAUAGUUGUGUUUACGAAUUUCCAAGUUGGAUUCGUAAACAAUUCGUUUGAAAUUAUAGCCAAACAUUGCUAUGAUACUU